AUGCAUGCAUUUAUACAGGGCUUACUGCGAAUGAACACCCAGAGGAAGCCUGGAGACUGGAACUGCAACUCGUGCCAGCACCUCAACUUCAGCCGCCGUGACUUCUGUCAGCGCUGCCGUGCCACACGCUCGGAUCUGCAGCUCGGAGACGGCCGCUGUAUAGGUGGUGUGCUGACCUCCCUGGACGUUCGCCCAGGUGACUGGUACUGCAAUUGCGGCUACCACAACUUCGCCAGCCGCUCCAGCUGCCUCAAGUGUGGCACAAUUGUGAGGGACUUCCCAGCAGGCCAGGGUGGCACUGGCGCUGCUGAGAGCGGUGGAGUUCGUGCUGGGUGGAAAACUGGCCUGGCUGUAAUGUGCACAACUUUGCAAGCAGAAUUGAGUGCUAUCAUUGCAAUGCACCUAGGGAAGCAGAGAAUGGAUACAAGCAUGUCCAUUGUAAAUACUGGCAGGAAGAUAUGUCCAUUGGUGAUCAGUGCAAAAUUCACAAAUUGCUCCAGCUUUCUAGAGUUUGGAAGGAAGAUCAUAUGCCCAGCUCCAGAUUAUUAUAUGACUCCUAAAACCUGGACGUGA